GCCUGCGUGGCGCGGGAGGCCGGGGACGGGAAGUGGGCGGGGCGCCGCCGGAGCCUAGAGCUGGGCGCUGGGCGGCUGCACUGGCAGAGUGAAGACUCGCUGGAGCCUCGGGAUGCCCCGGGCAUGGCCUGUGGCACCCCCCUGCAGAGCAGCCAGAUGGCGGAGGGGAUCCCAGGCUUCCUCGACACAUUCUUCAGUGACUUCCCAGCCCCGCUGGGCCCCGAGAGCCCGCUGCCAUGGGAUGUGCCUGGGAAAGUGCUGAGCCUCGAGGAAGUGGAGGGGGAGCUGCUGGAGCUGGCGGGGCACUUCCUAAGGAGCAGGAAUGCUGCGCCCUACCUCGCUUCGUCUCUGGCCCAUGAAGCUGUGUCCCAGUUGUUACAGACAGAUCUCUUAGAGUACAGGAAGUUGCCCCGACCGGAGGAAGAGGAGAAUCAGGAGGAAGAGGAGACAGACCCUAUAACCCUGCUGGAUGCCAAAGGUGUAGCCAGGAGCUUCUUUAACCAGCUCUGGGAAGUCUGUAGCCAGUGGCAGAAGCAGGUGUCACCGGCCACCCAAGGUCCACAGCGCCAAUGGCUGGUUUCUGUCCAUGCCAUCCGCAACACCCGCCGCAAGAUGGAGGACCGCCACGUCUGCCUCCCCACCUUCAACCAACUCUUCGGCUUGUCUGACUCAGUGGAUCGCGCCUAUUUUGCUGUGUUCGACGGUCACGGAGGGGUAGACGCCGCCCGGUAUGCAGCUAUCCAUGUGCACGCCCAGGCCGCCCGCCAGCCAGAGCUGCCCACCCGGCCCGCAGAGGCCCUCCGACUCGCCAUUCAAAGCACCGACCGCAUGUUCCUCUGCAAGGCCCGGCGGGAGCGGCUGCAGAGUGGAACCACGGGGGUGUGCGCGCUGGUCGCCGGCCAGACACUGCAUGUGGCAUGGCUCGGGGACUCACAGGCCAUCUUGGUGCAACAGGGCCAGGUGGUGAAGCUGAUGGAGCCACACAGACCCGAGCGGCAGGACGAGAGGGAGCGCAUUGAGGCGCUGGGCGGUUUUGUGUCUUACAUGGACUGCUGGAGAGUCAAUGGAACCCUAGCCGUCUCCAGAGCCAUCGGGGACGUGUUCCAGAAGCCCUAUGUGUCUGGGGAUGCAGAUGCCACCUCCUGGGAGCUGACAGGCUCCGAGGACUACCUGCUGCUGGCCUGUGAUGGCUUUUUCGAUGUUGUCCCUCACCAGGAGGUCAACAGCCUGGUGCAGGCUCACCUGGCAGUGAGGCAGGGCUGUGCACUGCGCAUCGCCGAGGACCUGGUCGCCGAGGCCCGGGAGCGGGGCUCCCACGACAACAUCACAGUCAUGGUGGUCUUCCUGAGAAACCCCCGAGACCUGCUGGAAGCCAGGGCUCAAGGGGCAGGGGACGCCCAGGCAAACAGGAGGAGCCAGGACCUAUCUCCUAUCCCCCCAGAGCUGGAGUCCACUGCUCCACAGAAAAGCUAAGGGGUCCCCAUCUCUCAGCCCCUCCCAAGCUCUUCCUUGUCAAUGCCUUAGGACCCGGCAGGUGGCUCUGGGCAGGGUACCAUCCUCGCCGCCCUUUCCCCAGGACCCCAGCCCCCUUGUGCCACUGCGCUGCUCAUCUUGGUGGUUGUGGACAGUUGGGAGAGUGGUGUCCCCCACAGCUGGAGUGGGCCAGCGAGAUCCCGGGAAACCUCGGGACAUGACAAGGUGCCAAAGAGCCAAGGCCUGGGAGGAGGUUGGCACAGACCAAAGGUGGAUGCUGCCAAUGGUCCCUCAGCUGGCCCUGGAGCUGUGGAUGCUUUCAGGCCGUCCUGGUUGCUAUUCCUUUCACCCAAGCCAGGAGGGCCUGUGAGUAGAUGCAGAUGAGGGGUGGCUGCCCAAUCUGCAGCAGCACCACCCCCAGGCCUGGCCUCCCCCUACCCUCUCCCUCUAACCCACGGAGCGGAGUGUCAGUGAUUUCCCUCCAUGUCUUUGUGUUUAGAUUUUUUUUUUUUUAACUCCAGGGGAGCGUCUUGCCCAGAAGCAGUAUUUCAGGUCUUGUCUAUUUUCAUCAGUGCCAAGGUAACCUAUUGCAUAAUUUAAGCAGAGCUUAGCAUUUAUUUCAUCCCUUAGGAAACUGAAGUAUUGAUGGGAGGGAGUGGCCUCUUUAUUUUUGCAGUAUUAUUUUAUUGUUUUUUUUUUUGGUUUGUUUUCUUUUGGGGUUACAUCCAGAGAUGCUCAGGGGUUACUCCUGGUUCUGCACUCAGGAAUUGUUCCUGGCAGUGCUUGGGAGGACCAUAUGGGAUGCCAGAGAUUGACCCUGGGUUAGCCGUGUGCAAGGCAAAUGUCCUUCCUGCUGUACUGUCACUCUGGCCUCCUCUACUGAUUUUUAUUUUUCUAAAUCUGGAUUGAAAGAAAUUUUCCCCAGGUGGUGUUAAUAAGCCAUUCAAGUGCCUUAACAGCCCAGUCAUGGCUAGGGCCGAAGAGCACCAGAUGGUGUAAUGGGAAAUUUGAGUUUCAUAGAAGUAGGAUUUGUUUUGUGACUGUGGUGGGGUUUAAGCUAGAAUUCUCCCCAGAGUUCUUUGCCUCUUUGUGGUAUGCCAUGGACAGGAGACUGUGGGGAACCCUCACCCCCACCUGCCCCCGCCUACGUUGGUUGUUUGUGUCUCUGACUGGCCUCCAAUGGAAGGGCCUAGCUCCGUGAGACAAGUCUGCUGCUACUGCUGCUUGGCUGGAAUGUUCCAGAAUAUCUUGUAGUUGCCGGUUGAAUUUAUUGCUUUGAAAAAAUGCAUUUAAGAGCUCUGAGUGGAGCUCAGCUGUGGAACCUGAAGUGAUGCAGCCUUUUGGUCUGCCCUGUAGCUGGUAGCUCCUUCCCCUGUACCCCACUGUCAGUCUCCAGUGAGGCUACCCUGGCAGUGAGACGGGAUUGCUUGGGAACCUUAGUCUAGAUGAAAUAGGCUGAUGCUUUACCAAAGAGCAGAAUAAGUCUGAACUGGGGGAGGCGCCCCCACAGAGAGGAGGACUCAGUCUGGCAAUUUUGGGGUAGAGUUGGGGCUGUUGAGGACAGCAAGAGUAAACCUGAUGCCAGGCCCCAAAGCUGGGAGGUCCUGAGACACAUCAGGCAGGGAGGGGAUCGCUUCCCCCUGGUAGCAGGACCCAGAAGCACCCUGCAGUGUACCCCUCACCCCUUCAACCCUGGCAAAGAGCAGAAGGUGGCAGCUGCCCCUUGUGAGGCUAGUGCACUGUCCAGGGAGGGGACACUGUGCAAGUUCAGCCUUCACCCCAUAUCCCACUGGGCACCAGAUCCCAGGACCCCUGUGCCAACACCUUGCUCACGUGCCCAGACAUGAUUCUGUCAGGCAGCUACUCUGUUUGCCCUGAAGCUCAGAAAGCCCCUCCUAGGCAGAUAGGCAGGUGGGGCUCCAUUUCCUCUAGAGCCCCUCUCCACCGUAUUCCUUUUCAGUCAGGACUCUAAAGUGAGUGUCUGAAGUGAC